AUGCCAACCCGUGCAUCGACUACGCUGGUUAGUCCUCACCAACUUGAUAUAGACCAGAACAAUGUCGCGUGUCCAGCUCCGCCGACCCCGCCUCCAGAAGGCAACGGCGAGGAUCAAUUAAGAGUCGCAUUCACCCAACAGGGGCCUGUUGACGGAGAUGAAGUCAGCCGGCGGGCGGUGGAUAACAAUACUGCUACAGGAAUGUCGAUGAUGCAAGAGGACACAUUGUACACAGGCCCAUCAAACUUCGAAGAGAAGAUGCACACCGAUGAGGAUAAUCGAUUGAGAGAGGAAGAAAGUAUCCAUGACGACGCCAUAUUUGACGAAGCCACCACCAAGAUGAGCGAAAACACGCGGACAGAACAAUAUGAUAGUCCACCCAUGAUCGAUUUGGCAGAAACUGAUCCGAAAAGACAUGUGCCGAUUGGUAAGGCCAUUACUCAAGAAGCGACGAUGUCGCUGGAUGACGGUGGUUCGAGUGUUUUGUCGGCUCCGUCGGAACCAUCUUCGGAAUGUCGAACAAGAGAGUCUCGUGGUGGUGCAAAACGCACUGGCAUCUCCUCGAUUGAUCAGGAGCUCGAGUGGUCUAGUGACGUAAAGGAAUGGGAAUUUUCUCACCGGCGACUUCGCCCUCAAUAUCCGUCGGCCACGUUUCAGCCAUAUUCCAAAUUCAAAGGAACCCAACAGUCGGACCGACAGAUUUACAAUGUCGAAGUGACCGUUUUGACCGUGGACAUUGAACAGGCCAGCAUGUCGGGAUAUCUACAAAUCUGUGGCCUUACCCCGGACCACCCGACGUUGACCACCUUCUUCACGGGCGAGAUCAUCGGGGGACCAGAUCAGAAAUACAGCUUCAGGACCCGAGAUCCAGCUUGGGGUGCCAAUGACAAAACGGAUCUCACGCACUGGGCGAGAUUUCCUGCAUGGCGACCACUCAGCCUACAAGCAAAGCGCAAUAUCAAUUUUGUUUACCCGUUGAACCAUGAAAAUUGGUGGCAGCAAGAACACAUCUUUAUGAGGUGGAAAGAGCACUUUCUGGUCCCCGACUAUAAACUGAAGAGCAUCCAAGGAGCCAGUUUCGAGGGAUUCUAUUAUAUUUGUUUUAAUCAAAUCGAGGGGCGGGUACCAACAACUCGAAUUGAAGCAUGA